GAACAUGUUCGAGCUGACACUUCACAUGCUUAGUGUGUCAUGCUAGAAGAACCUUUAGCUGGACUAUUAAGAAGACUCCAGACAUGGUAGAGGAGAGGAUGGGGGACUGUUGGAGCAACACCAAGGAUCAGUUUGACAACUUGGAGAAGCAUACACAGUGGGGGAUUGAAUAUGUGGAGAAGUACACCAAAUUUGUCAAGGAGAGAUCAGAGAUUGAAAUCAACUAUGCAAAACAAAUUAGGAAUUUAUCAAAGAAAUAUCAACCCAAGAAGAACUCCCGAGAAGAGGAAGAGAGCAAGUACACCUUCUGUCGAGCCUUCCUGACGUCACUUAAUGAGUUAAAUGACUACGCCGGUCAACACGAGGUUAUAGCGGAGAACUUGACGUCCCAAAUCAUCUCCGAGCUUUCGCGCUACCUGCAGGAAAUCAAGACUGAGAGAAAAUCGCACUUCCAUGAUGGGCGUAAGGCACAGCAGCACAUUGAGAGCUCGUGGAAACAGCUGGAAUCGUGUAAAAGAAGGUUUGAGAGGGACUGUAAAGAGGCAGACAGAGCACAGCAGUACUUUGAGAAGAUGGACGCUGACAUUAACGUGACUAAGGCUGACGUGGAAAAGGCACGACAGCAAGCUCAGAUGAGGCACCAGAUGGCUGCCGACAGUAAGAGCGAAUACUCCUCCUACCUGCAGAAGUUCAACCAGGAGCAGAAUGAACAUUACUUUACAGUUAUUCCCAACAUAUUCCAGAAACUUCAAGACAUGGAGGAGAGAAGAAUUGAGAGGCUAGGAGUGUGCAUGAAGACGUUUGCAGACGUGGACCGCCAAGUGCUGCCCAUCGUGGGAAAAUGUUUAGACGGCAUGACAACUGCCGCUGAAUCCAUCGAGCCCAAGACUGACUCGAAGCAGGUGGUGGAGUCCUAUAAGUCCGGGUUCGAGCCCCCUGGAGAUGUGGAGUUUGAGGAUUACGGCCAGGCCAUGAAGAGGACGGUGUCUGAAACCAGCCUGUCCAACUCUAGAGAGGCCAAGGAGAAGCCCGCUGGCAAGAGCAAGGGCAAACUGUGGCCUUUCAUUAAGAACAAGAACAAGCUUAUGUCCCUGUUAACGUCCCCCCACCAGCCCCCACCUGCCCCCCCAGCCUCAUCCCCACCCUCACCCUCUGCUGUUCCCAACGACCCCCAGUCUCCCAAGCAGCAAAAGGAGCCCCUCUCCCACCGCCUCAACGACUUCAUGACCUCCAAACCCAAAAUGCACUGCCUCCGGAGCCUGAGGCGAGGGCUUUCUCUCAAGCUGAUAACACUCAAUUCCCACGUCCGGAAUCUCAUUGAGGGCUCUGGACCAGAGGACUUCAGCCACCUGCCACCAGAGCAGAGGAGGAAGAAGCUGCAGGGGAAGCUAGAUGAACUGAAUAAGGACAUUCAAAAAGAAAUGGACCAGAGGGACGCUCUAACUAAGAUGAAAGAUGUCUACAUAAAGAACCCUCAGAUGGGAGACCCGUCAAGCGUAGACCCCAGGCUAACAGAAAUAGGCCUAAACAUCGAGAAGCUCCAGUCUGAAGUUCAGAAAUUUGAGGGCUGGUUAGCAGAGGUGGAGGAAAGGAUGCCAUCCAAGAGUGAUACACAGCGAAGAAGUAUCUAUGAGACCCAGAACAGCACAACAGUGGGCAACAACUGUGCGCAGGACAGAGAGAGGCCCUUGAGCAGCCCGGAUGGCAGCUACACAGAGGAACAGAAUUCAGAGACUCAGGUUAAGGCCACCAUCAACCCCAUCCCCACCUCCACCACGCCAGAGUUCGACGAUGAGUUUGACGAUGAGGAGACCCUGCCCACCAUCGGCACCUGCAAAGCCUUGUACCCAUUUGAAGGUCAUAAUGAGGGCACUAUCGCUGUGGCGGAGGGCGAGCUGUUGUACGUCAUAGAAGAAGACAAAGGAGACGGCUGGACACGAGUGCGCAGGAAUGAGGAUGAGGAGGGCUACGUCCCCACGUCCUACGUCGAGGUCUUUUUGGAAACAAAUGCCAAAGAUUCCUAAAAGUGUGAGGCUGGCUGAGGAAUGGCAGGGCAAGCAGCCUCGGAGAAACCACCAUGUUCCUCACGCGCUCACAGAGUCAGAGAGAGAAAGCGAAAGAUGACCUGAAUCUAAAAGAGAGAGACGGCCUUUUAGAACACAUCUCAAUUUCCCAAACCAUUACAAGAAUAAAGCGUAUCGGCAGUGUUGCUUCCACGCUUCCACUGCAGAGCUGUCACAACUUAAGAUGUAAGAAGCGAUGAUAAGAAAAAUCCAUCUAAAUUUUAGCACUCAUAACCUUUUCCAUUCUUAACACCCAUACAGCAGUCACAACCACAGUCUACAAUAUGCUCUUUGUUGUUUUCAGCAAAGCUUUGCUUCUUAAUGUGACUAACUCCGCUUGCACCACGCGCGGUCAUGAACGUGGCUGUUGGCUUCCUCGCUCUGAACGCCCCCCGCCUCCCCGACCGGCUCUGCCACUUCUCUCUUUCCUUACCUUUGCCCCCAUUGCAUACAAGUGACAGAGGGUGUGGUCAGAGAAAGGACGGGGACCAGCACGGACAAUAAGGCCAGCUGUCAAACACCUUCAUCCAGCGGUGUGUAUGUGUGUGAGUCCUGAACUGCACUCACUCAGAGGAGAUUCAUCCAGGGCUCAUCUACCUGCAUCAGGGUUUUUUUUAUAAACACUCAUGUCCACCCCUCCCACUAAAAUCAGCUCCAUAUUUGCAGGUUUCACCCAACUGGAAAUGGAAGAAGUGAAGGUGCUAAUCAUCUGUCUGUAUGUUAUGUGCUUCUGGUUGUGUGUUUGAUCCGAAUGCCUGUGUGUCUGUCUUACUUUAAAGGUCUUGUGUGUUGCAAUGUCACAUUUUCUCCACAACACGAUCACCCCGACAUAUCCAGGACCAGCUGGAAGGAAAGGAGAUGAUGAUGAUGGGUCAUAACUCUCCAUCACUCAUCCUACAAAUUCUUGUCUUGUCACUGGUGUCUGCUCCUCUCUCUGACCACCCCCACCCUCUUCACCUCCACGCCCCAUUCCCUCCUCAGGCGGCUCAGGCUAUCCCUUGGCUGCUCUGAGCAGCCCCCCUUUUUUUGUUUUUGCAACAGCUCGGGACGGGGGCCUCUCAGCGUUGUGGUGUGCUGCAUGCUUGCCCUGUCUUCCUCCUCGCCCCUCUGCUGGCAACCUGGAGGAGGUGGUGGGGGUAAGCUUAUGCCCCCUUGCCUCCAGCCUUUCUGUUCAGUUAACCCCCAUUGCCUGGUCAUACUGUUUGAUUUAACCUGAAUGCUACUGUUUGGGUUCAGUGCCUGUGGAUCUUUUUUUUUCUAUCUCUUUUCCUUUGUUGGUUCAGAAAGCAUGUUUUCCUGUUUUUAACAGCGCGUGACUGAACUCCUCCUCCCAGUGUUCCCCAGUUUAAUCUCAAAACUGUCAGUAAAGGACGAUAGGGACCCGAAAUGUUGUUUUCUGAAUGAUCUUAUGCAUAGGUAGGUCAUGGAUGUCUUGUGUGUUUGUUUUACUUUGAGUACACAGUACAUUAUGUAUGUAAAAAUGUUAGUAUUGUAUGUUUUGAUCAGAGAGUCUAACGCAAGUUGUUGUUAGUUUACAAUUUAUCGCCUUGUGGAAAUGCCUCCACUCGGUCCAAGCAACAGUUUACCCAAAAAAUAAAACCUAUGACGAUAUGAUUUACACAUGAUGUUUUUAGGAUGGUCCACUUAACUGUCUAAUGUAUAUGAAAAUAUACUGUGAUCCACAUUUUCCUUUGAGUUUGUGGCUGAAAUGUGACCCGGAAUCACCUGUUGUGGGCCUUAACUGGGUGUCUGGGAGAAAGGAUGACGCUGAUGCUAGCUGUGGUAUGGUGAAAGGUUUAAGAUGUGAUUAUCUCAAAAGUUUUUGGGGUCAAAUUUGUGACUUUUUAUAAUCAUGAAACUGUCAGACGAGAGAAAUGAUGUCCACUGAUUCACCCCUGUUUAACGGCACAUAAUGUACGUGAUUUUAAUAUUUUUGCUUUAUAUUUGACGAUGUUGAGUUGAGAUUCAGCUUUUUUUUGUCUUUUUUUUUUAAAGCUGGAAAUCUAUGUUGUAGCUUAUUCUGCCUGAAUGGGAAUAAAAUCCCUUAACUGCAAAUAUGAGUAACAGUUACAUUGUUUUGGAUGAAGCCAUUCUAAAAAAUUCAUCUGAUGCAGCAAAUUGUGAAACACUUGGUAAAUGAUGGCAUGAUGAACACAUUGACCACUUGGACUUUUGAUGGAAGGAGUGAUCAAAUCCCUGCUGAAUCAAGCUUCAACAAACUAUGUUUGCUUUUCACCACACAUCGCUUGAUACAUCAAGCUAUCAAACGAGCCACUUUUGUUUCUUUAAUUGUUUUCAGUCAUUAAUGGCAAGAUAAAUCUGAUGAGGCGCAGAUCACCGCUUUGAGGGCAGCAGUAGCUUUAUAGUUGCCAUCUGCCUGCCAGUUCUUUGCAAUGAGACCACCACAAACCUUUUAGUCGAUACCCCGGAAUAACCUGCCUGUACAGUGGAAAUGGCACAUUGGAAUUAGAGAGAAUAUAUAUGAAUAUAUAAAUAAAGUUUAAAAAGGAAAAACAUCUAUUUUAACUAUUGGAGGUCUUACCAUUACUUUAUCUGCUUUGCAAAGUAAGACUUCUUUUCCUUUGUAAGGUCUACCAAAUGGUGUGUUUUUGCACUUUUUUGUUUGUGUUCCAUUUGGUAGCCUAUGCUUGUGUUUUGGAGCACUGAAUACUUUGUAUUGUGUUUAUUGUGCCAAUUAAAUAUGCCUGGAAAGUCAA